UCGUUCCCAUAAAAUUCAGUCUGAGUGAAGCAGCAGAGUCUGUUUGUCUGGAUAAACUUGUUGAAGUGGACUUUGUGUAAACUUUCGGGAUGUUUCAGCCCAGACUCAUCUCCUGUUAGCCAACAAUGCUAAAGGAAGUUCGCGUAGCUUGCUAGCAGGAAAUAGACGGAGCUCGGCCUCACGGUGCUAGUCGGAGUAGCUUCGACAGAGACCAAACUGUAUUUUUCACGGAGCCCAAAUGUCCAGAUAGAGCUGUGUGAAUAGACUCUGUGCUGUUCCCUUUAUUUGACGCUGUUUUCCAUCUGAACGAUCUGCUGCUGUCCGACGAAGCUAAUGAAGCUAACUUAGCCUGCUAGCUGGAAAUAGACGGAGCCGAGCGUCAUUUAAUCAUCAGAGAGAACAAAGAGUUUCUAACGGAGUGAGUCUGGAGGAAAAGCUGCUGUGAAUCAGUCAAAAUGUCUCAUAAACGACUGGACGCUGUUUUCAAGCCGGAAGUCCGGUUACACAGAGCAGACGUCCAGCUGCUGUUGGUGAGGAAAGAAGAGGAUCCUGAGCAGCAGGACUGGAGAUCCAGUCUGGACCAGGAGGACCCAGCAGAGCCGCCUCACAUUAAAGAGGAACAGGAGGAGCUGUGGACCAGUCAGGAGGGAGAGCAGCUGGGAGGUCUGGAGGAGGCUGAUAUCACCAAGUUCACGUCCCCUCCUGUCCCUGUGAAGAGUGAAGAAGAGGAUGAAGAGGAACCUCAGUCCUCACAGCUUCAUCAGAGACAAACUGAGCAGAUGAAAACAGAAUCUGAUGGAGAGGACUGUGGAGGACCAGAACCAGCCAGGACCUCAGAUCCAGAUAGACCUGACACUGAUGACAGGACAUCCCUGUCCUCUGAAUCAGAGACUGAUGACAGUUGUGAUUGGGAGGAGACCAGAGACCCUCAGUCAGGUUUAAACCCUCCACAGAACAAUGAAGUACCUGUCAGUGAUGUUAAAUGUAAAACUGGAAAAACUUCAGUUAGCUCCUCUGGAUGUACUUCAGGCUCUGACCACAAGGGGCGUCUGCAGAGACGCAGUGGAAACCAAACAGGAGAGAAACCAUUUCAUUGCUCAGUUUGUGGUAAAAGAUACAACCAGAAGAAAUCCUUGACGACUCACAUGAGACUUCAUUCAGAAGGAAAACUGUUGAGCUGCUCAGUUUGUAAAAAGAUUUUUAAACGGAGAGGAGACGUUGUGACACAUAUGAGAGUCCACACAGGAGAGAAACCUUUCAGUUGUUCUGUUUGUGGUAAAGGGUUUGCGCAAAAAGAACAUCUGCGGCAACACUUCAGUGUCCACACAGGGGAGAAACCCUUUAGUUGUUCAGUCUGCAGUAAGGUAUUUGCACAAAAGACACAAAUGAGACAUCACAUGAGAAUCCACACAGGAGAGAAACCCUUCGGUUGUUCCGUCUGUGGCAAAAGAUUUGCGCAGUGCUCAAAUAUGACCAAACACUUACGAGUUCAUACAGGAGAAAAACCUUUCUGCUGCUCAGUUUGUCAAGCAAGUUUCAGUCGCAGAGGCAAUUUGUCCACACACAUGAGAAUGCAUACUGGGGAGAAACCGUUCAGUUGUUCUGUUUGUGGUAAAAGAUUUAUACGAAAGGUAACGCUGACAAACCACGUGGCUCUCCACACGGGGGAGAAACCAUUUAGUUGCUCAGUUUGCAGUAAAAGAUUUAUCCAAAAGGUCAAUCUGACGCACCACAUGGCACGUCACAUGGGGGAGAAUUGAUAAAGCUGCAGAGUUUGUGGCAAAAGAUUCGCUUGGCUCUGUCAGCUCAAAAUCCAUCAGUGUGUUGGUCCUCAGACGUCACAGCUUCAUCAAAGCCAAACUGAAGAAAGCAGAGAUGCAGACAAAUCGAAUACAGGAGGAGGACUGAGGAGGACUAGAACCAGCAGGGUACUUGAAACCAGAAACAUAUUGACAACCAGCAACUGAUGUCAAGACAUCACACUCCUCCUAACCUGAGAGCGAUGACAGUUAUGAUUGGAGGAGAGCUGGGAACUUCAGUCAGGUUUAAACAAAACAAUGAAGUACCUGUAAGUGAUGAAAAUUCAGUGCAGAAACCUUUGAGUUCAGUCCGACAUGCUCCGGUGCUCAUGAACAAGACUAAUUCCAACUUGUGGCUGCAGCUUUACUUUGUACCCUUAUUGUUCACUUGCUCCCGACUCAGCGUGUCUUUGUUUCACUCAUGAUUCAACCGGAGUGUUUCAUGUCCAUCUCAGUUUGUCCGAGUCUUCUGCCUCUUUAGUUUCAGCUCCAAGUCAUUUAGAAGAAAUAAGUAUAUGAUGACAACUUUUUCUGCAAAAUAUGUCCUUCGGACCAGAUCAUUUUUGCCUGGAAAACAGUCUUUCAGGAUUGAGUUUCUUUAAAAUUCUUCAGUGAAUGAAGGAUAUUUUGUCAUUCCUUUGGAGGAGAUUCAUUUUUUUUACUGGAAACUGUUAUUUAUAUUCUCACACCUUCGACGUGGUUUCAUUUGUUUUAAGAAAAUGAUUUUAAAACCUCAACAGGUAGAAAUGAGUGAAAACAAUGUUUUACAUUUUUCCGCUGGU